AUGACAGGAAAUAUAGUCAACUAUGAAAACUACCGUAAGUCCAGUACCGGCGGCUCAACGGCCGCGGCGGCAACAACUGUAGUCAAUGGCCAUAAAAAGGCUGUCCAUAAGCAACACUCGCGUAUAUCGGUUGAACUACCGUCCGGCGAGACCCGAGUGGUCAUCAAUAGGGAUGUAGUUAACUAUACGGAUAUUGAUAGCAAAUAUAAUAAUACAUCGACACCGACAACACCGACAACACCUAAUAAUAAUAUUAUUGAAUCAUUUAAACACAAAUCAUACAAAUAUUUGCGCAAACGUUGGAAACGGCUGUCCAUAGCGGACACCCUAUUACCCAUGUUUCCCAUUAUCAGAUCGGCCAGAAACUACCCGUUUUUCCGGAUCAAUCCAUUGGUUUACGAUAUAGUUGCCGGUCUAACAUUGGCCACAAUUCAGAUACCCGAAGCUAUGGCCAACGGUUAUUUGUCGGGUAUGGGUCCCGAGUACGGGUUGUUUGUAGCUUUUUUUCCCGGUCUAGUCUAUGCACUGAUGGGUACCUCUCAUCAUACAUCACUGGGUACAUUUUCCAUAAUGAGCAUAAUGAUCAGGGAUGUAGUACUACGUGUAGGCGAUACCGUCUACACGAUUGACACCGAAACUGGCAAUCAUACACUGGUUAGCCAAGUGUUUAGCCAGGUAGAUAUUGUUACAUCCCUGUGCCUUAUCUGCGGACUAAUACAGCUAUUGAUGGCCUGUCUGCACUUAGGUUCACUAUCAUUGCUAGUAUCGGAUACCAUAGCCAAUGCAUUUACAGUAGCCGCCAGCGUACAGGUGCUGACACUGUAUUUUCCGACAUUGUUUGACAUAGAUUUACCUAAAAAACCAUACAGUGUUUUCAGGAUUAUCAAGGAAUGGAUCGGUUUUUUCUCAAACUUACAUCAAAUUAAUUUCAUAACAAUGGGACUGUCCAUAGCCUGCCUAACGGUGCUCAUAGUUAUCGGUCAAGUGGUCCAACCGUUAGUUAAUAAAAAAUUUAACAAAUUCAACAUACCGUUCCCCACUGAUAUAUUAAUUGUGAUACUAUCGACAUUAUUAUCAUGGUUGAUUGGAUUAAACAAAAAUCAUCAAGUUGACAUUGUUGCUGAUAUACCUAAUGGGAUACCGUCACCAAAACUACCGACACUCAGCCUAUUUUCGAUACUCAUAUGGGACGCACUGCUCAUAUCCCUGGUCUCGUAUGCCGUUUCCGUAUCGACUGCCAAAGCCGUAGCCAACAAACACAACUACCGUAUCCAUUGUAAUCAGGAACUGUUGGCCAUAGGUAUGGCCAAUACCCUGAGCUCACUAUUCAACUGUUAUCCUGGAUCGACAUCAUUGACCCGUACGGGUCUAUUGGAUAGAUUGGCGGCCCGAUCACAACUGGCCAAUUUGUUGGCCUCAGUAAUCCUAUUGUUUGUUAUCCUAUUUUUUGAACCAUUUAUCUAUCAUUUGCCAAAAUGUAUAUUAUCGGCAAUUAUUUUGGUGGCACUUAAAUCAAUGUUUAUGCAAUGUUUGCGUGUAAAACAAAUUUUUAGAUUAUCUAAAAUGGAGGGGCUAAUUUGGCUAGUUACAUUUAUAGCUGUAUUAGUAUGCGAUGUCGAUAUUGGACUAUUGAUUGCUAUCGUGUUUAACAUUUUAGUAAUUGUAUUGAAAUUUUCCAGACCUUACAGUACAGUUAUGGGCCGAUUACCUAAUAGUGAACUAUAUGUUAGUCUUGAUCGACAUACCGGUGCCGUCGAUAUUAGAUCAAUAAAAAUAUUUUAUUUCGGUUGUGCCCUAUUUUUUCUCAAUCGCCAUACAUUCAGAAAACAAUUGUUCAAAAAAGUUUUCAAAGUAGCAUGUGAUGACAUCAAUCUGAGCCCUGAGCCGGACAACGAUACCCGAGUGACUUGUCAUAUAAGGACCGUUAUUAUUGAUUGUUCGUCUAUUUUCUAUAUUGACGGCUCCGGUAUGGAAACAUUGGACGAAAUUAUCGGUAAUCUACGAAAACUACAGAUACGGGUACUGUUGGCUGCCGUUCAGCCCCGAGUACUGGCACUGUUGGCUAAUACUACCACCACUACUAGUACUACUACUACUACUAAAUACGGUGGUAGUGGGGGUGGGGAUGGGGUUAAUGGCCGUCCUAUAGUAGAUACCGGUUCAAUGUUUGUGUCAGUUCACGAUGCAGUCAUCAAAUGUAUGGCCACUACUAGACAUCAGCAGACAUCAGAUGUCUAA